CUCCCUGAAACUCCUUCGUGACUCUGGCAAGCCAGACUGGGCAUGCUCAGGAGCCGGGCAGGUUUUUUUGGCUGCCAGUGGGUAGGCAGCUCUUGCUCUCCCGCAGCCUGCAGCAUGCAGCUCGUGCAUCCCUGAGGAGGCGGCAGCGGCGCACCGAGGAGGCGAUCUGGGCACUGGCCCCUCGCAGUAAGCACUGCUCUAGGGCUCGGGCGCGCAGGCGAGGGAACCAGCCAGGGAUGGAGGCGCUCAGCCCGGUCUCGCCGGGCUGGUGAUGGCGCGUGGCACACGCUGGCUACCUGAGUGGCAGCGUUCAGGCUUGUUUAAGCAAGGAGCAGCUCCAUGGAUCAAGGAUAAGUGUUUCCUGUGGCCUGUCCUGGACAGCGUCCAGCCAAAUAGGAGUUUCCAUCAGCCAACCACCUCUCUGUGGCCUUACAGAGCAAAGAAAGAAAAAUGAAUCGACUGAAGAGCAGCGUGAGAGCGUGCUUCUUGCCUCCUGUGCCCUUCUUAAUAAGCCUCUUAGCAACUCUUGCUGCAGCUAAGAAUAUAACUAACAGCACUUUAAACAGCACGGACAUGGUCUUGGGAUCCAUGCCUGUCAUUAUUGCCCGAGUGGACCAUGUGAUCGUCAAGGAAGGGAAAAGUGCCUUGAUCAACUGUAACAUUCACGGCAUCCCUGACCCUCAUUUCAAGUGGUAUAAUUCCAAUGGCCACUUACUGAAGGAAGAGGAUGACCAGGAGGGCACGGGAGGAGGAAAAUGGUGGAUUCAAGACAAUGGACUACUGAACAUUACCCAGGUGUCAUUUUCAGACCGAGGCAAAUACACAUGUGUCGCUUCUAACAUCUAUGGCACCGUGAACAAUACAGUGACACUGAGAGUCAUCUUUACCUCUGGGGACAUGGGCAUCUACUACAUGAUUGUCUGCCUGGUGGCUUUUACCAUAGUCAUGGUCUUAAACAUCACCAGACUCUGCAUGAUGAGCAGCCACUUGAAAAAGACGGAGAAAGCAAUCAAUGAGUUCUUUAGGACAGAAGGAGCAGAGAAACUGCAAAAAGCCUUUGAGAUCGCUAAGCGUAUCCCAAUCAUCACCUCAGCCAAAACUCUUGAGCUUGCCAAAGUCACCCAGUUCAAAACCAUGGAGUUUGCCCGCUAUAUUGAGGAGCUGGCCAGGAGUGUCCCUCUGCCUCCCCUCAUUAUGAACUGUAGGACGAUAAUGGAAGAAAUCAUGGAAGUGGUGGGCCUGGAGGAACAGGGCCAGAACUUUGUGAGGCACACCCCCGAGGGCCAGGAAGCUACGGAUGGGGAGGAAGUUUAUACAAUCCCCAACGCGCUCAAGCGGAGUGACUCACCCACUGGCGACUCCGACGCCUCGUCCCUUCAUGAACAGCCUCAGCAGAUUGCCAUCAAGGUGUCUGUUCACCCACUGUCCAAAAAGGACCACAUGGAAGACCAAGAGGGGGUACAGGUAGAGAUCAAGGAUGAGGAGGUGCUUGCGGCAGCAGUUGUCCCAGAGGAGCCAGAAUCACCCACUGAGCCUCUGGCAGAAACUGAGGCUUGUAGGGAGGUAAUGCCUCCUGAAGCAGCACCCCCUUCAGAACCUGUGCCCUCUCUAGGGCAGCUGGAAUCUGCUCACCUGAAGCCUACUGAGCCAGCCAUGGCAAAUGUAACAAAUACCUGUAUUAUUUAUGAAAGCCAUGUAUAAUACUUAACUCUGAAAAAGCUAUGCAUAUCGAGAAAAUCAGGGGCUGCUCCUUGUAACACAGAUAUAGUAUGUACUUGCCGCUAAAGCCUUACCAGUAGACUUAUCAUAACAUACAUAGGAGUGAUGCUCUUUUAAAAGGGGAAAGCUAUUAAUGCAGUGUGUGUUAUUGUGUGCACGCGUGUGUGUGCACCUAGAACUCCUCCCUCCUGCCUUACACACCAGACACACCAGUGGAUAGAAGAGAUGGUCUUGAACAGACUAUGGCCCAUUAAGUUGUGGACUGAGAUGUUUUAGGCCAUGUUCUCUUCCAGGCUGAAUAACCUGGUGGCAGAAGGCACCCUUAUACCAUAUGUCCUUCUGAGUUUGAGAGCUCCUUCUGUUCUCUGCUGCAGGAAGUCCCCUCUCUUCCCUUAGUAAUUUGUACGCUGCAUUUCUUUUCCCUUUUAAAAAGUAUGUCCAUGGAUUAUUUGGCACUUUCUCCCCCAUUUCAAUGCUGUUUGGUUAUGAUAGAGUAAUUGUUAUUAUAUUAAUAUUAAUUGCUCUUUCUGGUUUAGUUGUCUUUGCCCUUAUUGUCUCUCUAUAUUCAUAUUUUUUCCCCUUGAAACAUUUACCUCAGAGACUUUUGUAUCAGCCUCUUGUUCCAGGGCUGACAUCUAGUAGCCGUUUGUAGAGCUGCAAAGAGUGACUAGACUUCCUGGAAAGAAGUCACGUUUCUCUUUCUUUCCCUAUCCCUUCCUUACUUUCCUCUGUUGCAUUUUGUACAAUGAAAUUGCUAUUGUGAACAUGAGGUUCCUGCCCAGGAUGCAGCACUUUAAGAGCCAAAUAAAAAUCUGUUUACCAAUUGGAUUCUGAGGGCCUUUGGAGAGCCCCACUGACAUGUGGAGGGAGAUUUUCAGAAGUUAAAUGUGUCUGUUCCCCAACACCCCACACCUCAAUCCAGUUUUAUUCACAGAUAGACAGUGUCAUUCUCCAUACACUAAGAUCCUAGAAACAGUUGUGACUUCAGAAAUAAAAAACAUCAGACAUAUUCUCGGAGAAGUCUUUUUAGAGAAGCUCCCCUGAAGCUGUCAUUAGGUGACUCAAACAGAAGAUAAGAUUGAGUGAUAUGAAACUCCACGAAGGUUUAGAACCAGAUGUGUUGAAGGGAACAUCUGGCCAACUCUUGGCCCAAGGGAUGAGAUAGAAGCCUUCUGUUCCAUAGAACACUCAUACCAGAUCUCCUACCAAAACUGCUGUUAGGGUCUGUGGGAGGAAUGUAGCUAUGUGAGAGGCAGAAUAGUUCCAAAACAAAAAACUAGAUUCAAGAGACUUGGGCUUUAAUCCUGGUUCUGCCACUAACCAAACAAGUAAGUGACCCUGAAUAAAGCACUUCUUAGCUUCAAGGUUUCUUAUCUGGAAAAUGAGGGGGUAAAACACAGUCUCUUAAGAUACUUUCUGGCUCCAACUUUUGAUCCUAUGAUGAGCUCCUUAUGGGAAAGUUAGAUUAUAUCAUCUCCAAAGAUACUUUCAGCUCUAAAAAAAAAUCUAUAAUGCUAUUACUAGUAGAGAAAGAGAAUGAGAAAUAUGCUAUGGGUAGUAGAGGAAGGAAGGAAGGAGAGGAAGAAAGAUGGGAAGGAAGAAGGGGAAGGAAAAAAGGAGAGGAAGAAAGGAAAUAAGCAUUUAGCACCUAUCAUAUGCCAGGCACUAGGCUAAUCAAGGAUUUCUUUGUUUACUCCUUGGAAUCCUAACAUUUCUAUAUUUAUUAAACCAAAAGAACUAAAAUCAAAGUCAAAACAAGAAGAAAACUGACCUUUUUCUCAUGUUUUGGAAUGCUCUAUGAAAAGGAAUUCUUCAUAUUAACAUGACCUAUGUUGUUUUGCUUUAAGACAAGUAAAGUUGUUAACUUUCCCUUUUCUGAGCAAUAGAGUACCAUCUACAAAAUGUAUGUGUCCAAAUUUCAUCAAAUAAUAGAUAGGGAAACUAGGAGGACUAGCAAACUAAAAAUAGGUAGAUUUCAAUAAUCUAGUCUAAUCUCCAGAAAAGAGUAACUACAGUCCUAUAGGCACAUUUGGACAAAAACACACACAUUAAAAAAAAACAAAAAACAAAAAACAAGCUACAUCUGUGCUUCCCAGGUGCUGCUUAUUAGUUGUCAUUGUGUCACAGUAGAAAGUGACUGAUUCUGCUAUCCAAUAACCUGAGUUCAUGUCCUGCCUCUGACACUUACUUUGAGUAACCAUUGGAAAUCAUUUGACCUCCAUCUUCAGUUUCUUCAUCUGGAAAAUGAAAUGAUCUCAAAUUACCUUUCCUAUUCCUGUUCUAAGAUUCAUUUUUAGUCAAGAUAACAUGGUAUCCUUGGUUUGUGAAAAAACCCUAGCCUUUGGUUUAGGGAUCACCUAGAAAAAUCUUUGUUUACUUAAAGCUGGUGGUAUGAGAGAGAAUACUGACAUCAUUCCACUGAGUGAGCAUUACAGCAUCUGUAUGAAGAGAGGUUCAUUGUUAAAUGCACAAAACCAUGUACAUUAUGGAUUUAUCCAUAAUUUCCAGUAACAUAAAUUGUAACUGGAGAAAGCUACAUUCGAAGCUGGUAAUAGCUAUAGAUUUUGCAUAUGUAGCGAUUAUAAGAAAAAAGGAAAUUGGAAUGACCUUUCUAAAACUGCCUCUGCAUCAGGAAGUCUUAGUUCCCUGUUUGGUGAGGUUGAUGGCAAUUCUCAUCUACUGUGGAGAGGUAACAAUUAUGUUUUGUGGAAUGGGAAAGUGAGAUUACUCUGGGCCCCUAUUUGACUUGAUAACAGUGAAAGAGAGAACCAAACCUUACUCUGACGAACAAUAAAAUGUUUAACAGAUGUGUGAAUUUCCUGACAUGAGCAGUUAGCAAGUGGUAUUCCUCCUCAGGUGUACAGAUCCAUAAUCGCAUCAACUUGGGCCUUCCUCCCUUGGUACAAAUUGAGAUCCAUCCACAAUUUCUCACCUUUGCUAUUCCAGUCCCAUGUCAUCUGAUAAAUCCUCCCAAAGAAAUAUUCAGCAUCAACCACCAUACUGGAGGCAUUCAUAGAUAAGUCUUUUAACAUUUCAUGAUUAUGUGAGAUCACCAAGAAUUAAGAUGUGUACACUGGGUAACAGACAAAUUUAGUAAGUACUCAUUAUCUACAUAAUUUGCUCUGGAGUCAGAGAAUUAGAUUAAUCCAACCUCUAAUAUUUAUUACCUUUGGCACAUCCUUUAAUCUGUCGGCCUCAGUUUCCUCAUCUGUAAAAUGAAGGGGCUAGAUUAGAUGACCUCUGAGGUGCCUUCCAACUGUAGAUCAAUCAUCUUGUAAUGUUAUGAUUUAGAAUGUUCUCUUUCUAAUUCUGAGCUUGUCAGUCAUUGUACCUCCCACAAUCACAUGUGUAUUUCCCUUCAGAAGCAUCUUACUCCACAUUGGUUCUGAUUUAAUGACAGGUAGCUAAUAAAAGAGAGAUUUUCCCAUGAAGCAGGAAUAGAGAUGGGUAUUCAGAAGACUGGUUUUCAUCACUUCAGGCUAAAGGAGGUAACCUGAUUUUUCUAACUUCACAAAACAUCUAAAAUGUUCCUUUGCAUGGGAGCUCUCCCUUCAUCAAUAUUUUUCCAUUCUGGCAGCUUGGUCUGGCCCUGUACAACUUCUCUUGUUGGGGUCUCAGAUCUGGGGAAACUCCUUUUCUAAGCUGAAUUUUCAAAAAUAAAAGUGAUACAGAAAUUCAGAAUAAUCCAACUGAAGUGCACCCAGAGAGUGCAUGUUUUUUAAAGCUUCAUAGCAAAUUAAUUCCAAGCCAUGUCCUUUGGAUCUUAGGCAGUCACCCUAAAAUCAGGCAGAUGCUCAAGUUUCUGAGUAAUGCUUGUCUUAUCUCAAGACUCAUUCUUGUAUGUGUGCUUCUUAAAAGACUGGAGAAGCCUUGGAAAUAUAUGUCUAUUUGAUCCACUUAAAUGACCUGUCAGCUUGGUUGAACUUGAUUAGGUUCUCUUAAGUGGAAAAUACAGAAUUUUAUAUUGAAAAUAUAUGUAAUUUAUAAUAAUUCUGUUUUAUAUAUUAUAUUUUCAUAUGCUUAGGGCACAUAUGCUACUGUCCACACCUUUUGUACAUCAUAAUGAACAGAAAUAAAUACCAAUACUUGACUCAGCUUUCUAGGAACCAAAUGUGGUACAAGGUGUAUCAAAAUCUUAAGUAUCUGAAUGUUCUCCAUCAUCCCAAGUUCUCUUGUCCUGUGAUUUUAACAUCCCUAGAGAUAUGUACACGAUGCUUAUGAGCAUCCUUUUCAGGACCAAGCGACCUGACAUCUUACACAAAGAGGUGGAUCCUUAAAGGGGAAAGAGUACUGGCUUUAGGAGUUGGAGGACCUGGAUACAAAUUUCACUUCUGAUGCUUACAAUCUGUGUGAUCUUGGACAAGACAUUUUCUCUAAUGCCUCAAUUUCCUCAUCUGUAAAAUGAGCUUAAACUCUAAAGCCUCUGAAGUCCUUUCCAGCUCCAUCUGAAUCUGUGAUCUCUUCCUCUAUUGGAAAUAAGUUUUGUUUUUUGAUAGAAAUUCAGAUUCAUUUCACUUGGGAAAAUGAGUAUAAGUCCACAAAUUUAUAUUUCAGUUAUGUAGAUAUAUUUCAAUGGAACAAGAACAUGAAUUAAGUGAGUGCUUCAACUGUCACUAUGGUGUGAGAUCAGCACAGGUUUUCUUUUUAUUUCUAGUGAUCAAUGUGAGGUGCCAAAAACAUUUGGGGGAUAUUAAUUAGGCAAGAGAGGCAGAGAGGCAGGGCAGCCAAGAGACCAGAAUUGUAAUGUCAUUCUCGCAAUGUGUGUGACUAUAAACCUCAUUGGGCCUCAUUGCCUCAUCAGUGAAUUCAAGAAAGCUGGAUUAUUUCAGCUUCUAAUUUUAACCUGGUGUGAAUAAAAAUCUAAACCAACACCAACUAACUCAUAUAUAAAAACUCCAACUUAAACCACUGAGGGAACCUGAUUUUAGAAAUGGAAUUCAGACACUUUUUUUUUUCUGUUUUAAACAUAUUAGAAAGAGGAUAGAAUCAAUGCUCACACUUUGAAGUUAUAAUCUAUGAUUGAAUCCUUACAGAGAUUUCAUAUUUGUCACCCCUAGCAUUUCAUUAAUAAGAUAAUGUUGUUUUGGAUCCAUCUUUCCAAAUGCAGUUUAGCUAUUUGAUUCAGUCUUGGACAGCCUUUUGUUAUUAUUUGGAGACUUUAAUUCCCUUAUCUCUGAUUCAGUUUCUAUGAUCAUUGAUAAACUUGUCUUUUAAAACUUUAUCUUAUCUCAUUGUUCGUUCAUUCAAUAAUUAUUUCUAAGUACCUAUUGGCUUUGGGAUACUAAUUUUUACAAUUUUAAAAAUCAACGAAAAACAUUCUGUUGUUGCUGUUAAUGAUGAUGAAAGACAGAGUGGCUUAAUGGUUAAAGAAUUGUCCUUGGCAACAGAAAGACCAAGGUUAAAAUCCUGCCUCUAGCAUAUACUGAUUUUGUGUUCCUGAGUAAGUUAACCUUUCAGUUCCCAACAACUCCCUAAGACUAAGUUGAAGUUGAGUUUUAGGUUCUGCAAAGGUGGAAGGGGUUUCCAGAGUGGGGAGUUCUCAUGUUAUGACAGGGUCUACACACCCUCCUAUUUCCACCCCACCCCUGCAAAAAAAAUGUUGAUAGAAUUAAGAAUUAUGUUUUGGAUUUUAAAAAGCUUUGUAGGAAUGAGGGGAGAUUUGGAUUUUAGUGAAGCUAUUUUUUUAUCUUAUCCAAAAGCAUGUGUUUUGAAUAUUAUACAAGUAAAUGCUCUAUGAAGGCAAUAAUGAACAAUGAGUCUUUAAUUGAGACUUUUAAAGGCUGAGGUAUAAAUGAUCAAGUCCCAGAGAGUAUUACUAUAUUCAAAAAUUGAAUAGAGAGACAACAUAAAAAGCUACAAAGCAGCAUUUCUACUCAAAUGUUGUCAUAAUUGCCUUCCAUCUAAACAAAAAAUCAGAAGCCUUCAAGGUAUCUCUCAGACAUCACAGAGUGGUUAAAAGCUCAUUAGGCUCAAAGAGAAUGACCACACUGAAGUCUGGUUUGUUAUAAUUCAGUCAUUCUGGGAGUCCUUUGUUGCCAUGUAAUGGGUAUAUAAGCAAAUGAAAAGGGGAUUUCUUUGAGCAAAAAUAUCAUAAAAUUGUCUGGUGAUUUUGUGAACUGUAAAUGUUCUUUCACAGAUGUAAACAAAUGGCAGCAUCUAAUGGAUGUAACAACAGCCAAAAAAAAAAAAAAAAAAUGUGAUCCAUCCUGUAAACUGAUUGUUGCUUCAAUAAAAAAAAAAAAAAAUUGCA